AAAUGUUCGGUUUGGGAGUCCCGUCUUGUCCGAUAUUCACUCAGUUUCAGCAGGUACAACCAGAAAAAUUCGUAGCUCAGUUUCCAGCCAAGUUUUUAGGAUCCUCGUUUCUUUUCUUUCUGCUACCUGGCGCUUCUCUUCCUGCGAACACAGUAGCAUCUUUGUAUUGGAGCGUUCCGCCGUAUGAAAACUGGUCUUUUGUUGGUUUGAUUGGGAACGAUUGUCCAAGCAAAUUGUGCACUUUAAAGUUACCAGCGCAGUCAGCCUCCGAAAAUGUUAUGAUAGAAGUAAGUACGAUGGAAAACAUUUUGUUUUCGAUAACUUGGUUCAAGUUGGGUAUUUCUAUUGAAAAUAUGUCGGAAGCAGCUUUAGCAGUUCCAAACAGUCCUACCAUUGUUCUAGAUCAGUCGGAUCUUCAGCUUCUAGUUCGAGGCAUUGCAACAGAUUUUUUUCGUUUUGUGGAAUCUUUUGGUCAGUCUAUGGGCCCAGGUGGUUUAGCACUAGUAGAUAAAUGGUUUCAAAAGUUUCAAGAAAAGCUACAAAGCGAUCCUUGGUAUUGGAGACGUAUCUCGGAUAGGACUUGAAAGAAGCGUGUACAAAAGAUAAACGAGUGGGAAAGCUAAAAAUUUACUUGC